CCGGGCAUGGAGCUGGCAAGCCAGCGCUGAGGCAGGGCGCUCCUGCUAGCAGCCAGCGAGAGGCUCUCCGCCGUCCGGCGCGCGGGCUCCCCGGCCGGGGCCGGGCAAACUUUUCUUUCUCUUUUGCCCUCUCCUGAGGCGCCUUCUGCGGCGGGCGGACCGACUCCUCGGCGCGGCGGGGCCGGGGCAGGCUGGACGCAGCAUGAUGCGCGCAGUGUGGGAGUCGCUGGCGGCGCUGGCGGCGGUGGCGUGCCUGGUGGGCGCGGUGCGCGGCGGGCCCGGGCUCAGCAUGUUCGCCGGCCAGGCGGCGCAGCCCGACCCCUGCUCGGACGAGAACGGCCACCCGCGCCGCUGCAUCCCGGACUUUGUCAACGCGGCCUUCGGCAAGGACGUGCGCGUGUCCAGCACCUGCGGCCGGCCCGCCGGGCGCUACUGCGUGGUGAGCGAGCGCGGCGAGGAGCGGCUGCGCUCCUGCCACCUCUGCAACGCGUCGGACCCCAAGAAGGCGCACCCGCCCGCCUUCCUCACGGAUCUGAACAACCCGCACAACCUGACGUGCUGGCAGUCCGAGAAUUACCUGCAGUUCCCGCACAACGUCACGCUCACGCUGUCGCUCGGCAAGAAGUUCGAGGUGACCUAUGUGAGCCUGCAGUUCUGCUCGCCACGGCCAGAGUCCAUGGCCAUCUACAAGUCCAUGGACUACGGGCGAACGUGGGUGCCCUUCCAGUUCUACUCCACUCAGUGCCGCAAGAUGUACAAUCGGCCGCACCGUGCGCCCAUCACCAAGCAGAACGAGCAGGAGGCCGUGUGCACCGACUCGCACACCGACAUGCGCCCGCUCUCGGGCGGCCUCAUCGCCUUCAGCACGCUGGACGGGCGGCCCUCGGCGCACGACUUCGACAACUCGCCCGUGCUGCAAGACUGGGUCACGGCCACCGACAUCCGCGUGGCCUUCAGCCGCCUGCACACGUUCGGCGACGAGAACGAGGACGAAUCAGAGCUGGCGCGCGACUCGUACUUCUACGCCGUGUCCGACCUGCAGGUGGGCGGCCGCUGCAAGUGCAAUGGCCACGCAGCCCGCUGCGUGCGCGACCGCGACGACAGCUUGGUGUGCGACUGCAGGCACAACACGGCCGGCCCGGAGUGCGACCGCUGCAAGCCCUUCCACUACGACCGGCCCUGGCAGCGCGCCACAGCCCGCGAGGCCAACGAGUGCGUGGAGGAGGAAACCAUAACCGAGAGAUAUUAAAUGGUUUCCCCAAGGCCAUAUAGCUAGUAGGUGGUGCAGCUAGGACUCCAGUCUGAUGCUUUAUGCUUGGUUUUAUUGCAUCCUCUGUGCUGCCUCCCCAUAGAACGGAUGGAUGGAUAAAUGAACAGCAGUUACAUGUACAGGCCGACCUCAGAGAUAUUGUGGGUUCAGUUCCAGACCACGGCGAUAAGGCAAGUCACACGAAUUUCUCGGUUUCCUAGUGUCUAUAAAAGUUGUUCACACCAUACUGUAGUCUCUCAAGUGUGCAAUAGCAUUAUGUCUAAAAAAAUGUACAUACCUUAAUUAAAAAAUACUUCAUUGCUAACAAAUGCUAACCAUCGUCUGAGCCUUCUGAGCGUCAUAGUAG